AUGCUUGAAUCUCACCUCACUCAAUUGUUCAUCAACAACCAAUAUGUGGAUUGCUUGAAUACAGGGAAGAAAAUAUCUGUCUAUAAUCCCGCAGAUGGAAGCCUUGUGAGCGACCAGAUACCUAUUUCUGGAGAAGCCGAUGUCGAUCGAGCCAUUGAAGCCGCUCAGCAGGCAUUCGCACCUGGCUCCGAAUGGCGUCGGAUGGAUGACUUCACUCGUCAAAAGGUGUUGCUCAAAUUUGCGGAUCUGAUCGAGAGUAAUCAAGAAUAUUUGGCAUCGCUCACGCGGGUCACCCUGGGUGCACCAUAUAAACCGUUCGGGAAAUCAGAGAUCGACACUGCGAUAGGAUGUUUCCGAUAUUAUGCAGGAUGGGUUGGCAAGUUCGCUGGUCAGAGCUUCCCAGCGACUGACGGCUUCUACAAAGUCGUUCGAAACGAGCCCCUUGGGAUUAUUGCAGGUAUCAUCCCCUGGAAUGGUCCCCUAGCGUCUAUAGGCCUCAAAGCCGCCCCUGCAUUAGCAACUGGGAAUGUGUUCAUUCUGAAGCCAAGCGAGAAGACUCCACUAGCUGCUGCCGCACUCGGGAAGCUUGCGAUAGAGGCUGGCUUUCCUCCUGGAGUUUUCCAGGUCUUGACGGGAGACGGUAGCACAGGUGCGAUACUCGCCAGUCAUAUGAAAAUUGCUAAAGUGAGUUUCACUGGAAGUGUGCCGACAGGGAAAAGUGUUCAAGUUCUUGCUGCAAAGAGCAACUUGAAGAGAGUAACUCUGGAACUUGGGGGCAAAAGUCCGGCGGUGGUCUUCGAUGAUGCAAAUCUCGAAAAUGCAGUUCAAUGGUGUGUCAACGGACUAAUCACAAACUCUGGCCAAAUCUGCUUCGCUGCGUCCCGAGUAUAUGUACAAGAAGGUAUAUAUGAUAAAUUUCUGGCAGCUUAUCGUAAAGCAUUUGUUGCGAAGCGUGAGGUAAUGGGAGAUCCCGAAAAUUCGAGUUCUGAGAUCGGGCCAGUCGUGGAUCAGGCGCAGUAUGAAAGAAUUUUGAGAAUCAUCAACACCGCUAGAGAAAGCAAUGACGGAACGCUCGUACAGGGAGGAGAGGCUUUGGGCACCAAGGGAUUCUACAUCGACCCCGCUAUUUUCCUCGACACUGCGAAGGAUUCAUCUAUCGCUAGGGAUGAGAUUUUCGGGCCGGUUGUCGUCCUCAACCGGUUCAAAACUGAAGAGGAAGUGAUUGCUCUGUCAAAUGCGUCUCAGUAUGGUCUGAUGGCCGGAGUCUUUACGCAGGACAUCAACCGCGGUCUUCGACUCAGUGAGCUGUUCGACUCGGGGGUAGUUGGUAUCAACUGUAUCAGUACAAUUCAUUUCUCUUGUCCGUUUGGCGGUACAAAGGAGAGUGGAAUUGGUCGCGAGCUUGGGGUACACGCUUUGCAUGCAUAUACUGAGCCGAAGACGGUCUUGAUCAAUCUAACAUAUUGA